AUGAAGAAGUUUUCCAGGAUGCCAAAGUCCGAGAGCGGCGGGCUCGGCGGAGGAGCGUCCGGGUCCAGCUCCGGAGUCGGCAGCUACUUCGGGAAAGUGUUCGCAGUCGGCCGGUAUCAAGUCACCGUGGAUGAGCUCAUUGCGGAGGGAGGCUUCUCGGUGGUGUUUCUGGCUCGUACACACAGCGGUGUCCGCUGCGCUCUCAAGAGGAUGUACGUCAACAACGUCCCGGACCUGAGUGUCUACAAGAGAGAGAUCACUAUCAUGAAGGAGCUGUCGGGUCACAAGAACAUCGUCGGCUACCUGGACUCCACGAUCAACGCGGUGUCGGACAGCGUGUGGGAGGUCCUGAUCCUCAUGGAGUACUGUAAAGCGGGUCAGGUGGUGAAGCAGAUGAACCAGCGGUUGAAUGUGGGCUUCAGCGAGGCCGAGGUCCUCCACAUCUUCUGUGACAGCUGCGAGGCCGUCGCUCGCCUGCAUCAGUGCAAGACGCCCGUCAUCCACCGAGACCUCAAGGUGGAAAACAUCCUGCUGAACGACCAGGGAAACUACGUGCUGUGUGACUUCGGCAGCUCCACUCACAAGAUUCUGCUGCCACACCAAGACGGAGUGACCGCCGUGGAGGACGAGAUCAAGAAGUACACGACUCUUUCAUAUCGAGCACCGGAGAUGAUUAACUUGUACGCGGGGAAACCCAUCACCACUAAGGCUGAUAUAUGGGCACUGGGAUGCUUGUUGUACAAGCUGUGUUUCUUCGCACUUCCGUUCGGGGAGAGUCAAGUGGCCAUAUGUGACGGAACCUUUAUCGUUCCAGAUAACUCCAAGUUCUCCUUCAAGCUGCACUGUUUAAUCAGAUAUAUGCUCGAACCGGAGCUGGAGAAGAGACCCGACAUUUACCAAGUGUCCUACUUUGCCUUCAUAUUAGCUGGAAAAGACUGUCCAGUGCCAAAUCUCUUUAACUCUCCCAUCCCUACGUCGCUUCCAGAGCCUCUGACUGCGAGUGAGGUCGCUGCUCGGAAAAGCAUAACGAAAGCCAGGAUAACGGACGACGUCGGCCCGACAGAAACCUCCAUCGCUCCCAGACAGAGGCCCAAAGCAGCCAACAGUAACGUGCUGCCACUCGCCAACACCGUCACCCCCGUCAAGAUGAGCGUGCCUUCAGCACCCGUCAGCAACGGCCAGAAAGCUCCCACCCCCGGCUCUGAGCCUCCAUCCAUGCAGCCGCAGCCCGGCAGUCAGCAGCACCGAGUCCUGCAGCAGCUACAGCCUGGUGACCUGCGUCUCCAGCAGCUACAACAGCAGCAACAGCAGCAGCAGCAGCAGCAGCAACAACAUCACCACCAACACCAACAACAACAAGCACUGCAGCAACAUCAUGCAAACGCGCAGCAACUUCAAUACCUCCAGUACCAACAGGCUGUGCAGCAGUCCCUCCAGCUUCAGCAGCAGCAGCAGCAGCAGCAGCAGCAGCAGCAGCAGCAUCAAGCUCUCCUCCAGCAGCAGCAUCAGCACGCUUAUCUCCAGCAGCAGCAGCAGCUGAUGAUGCAGCCGUUGUACCAGCAGCAGGUCGCCCAGGCUCAAGCUCAGGCCCAGGCUCAGUACGCAGCCAUGCUGCACCAGUACCAACAGGCUUUUAUCCAGCAGCAGCAGCAGCAGCAGCAGCAGCAUCAUCAUCAACACCCUCAGCAACAUCAUCAACAGCAGCACCAUCAUCAUCAACAGCAUCAUCAACAGCAGUAUCAUCCCGCUCAGCAGCCUCUCCCCUACAUGUCCUCCCCUCUUGAGUUCCAGAUCCCACUGAGUUCCUACAACGCCACCACUCCCAGAGCUGGAGCUGGGCAGAUGGGCGGACCGUCGCCUGUGGAUCCCUCAUACAGUAACCCCAGGAGGAACUCUCUGCUCUCGUCCGGUGGCGUCACGCCGCCCUCUCAGAGCGCGCUCAGUUACCCCCCCGACAUGUCUCGCUGGAACCCUUUCGUAGAGGACAACUUCUCCAAGCUGACCGAGGAGGAGCUGAUCGACCGGGAGUUUGACAUGCUGAGAGCAAAGAAACCCGUGGAGAGAACAGCCAGCAUGGAACCGGACCAACCGCAGCCGGCUGCCUCCGCCGCCAGACCCCCGCUACCGGAGGACCUGUUCGGCUCCGUCCCCUUUGUGUCUAGCACAGGUACCGAUGAGAUGAAGACAGAGCCGACCAAUGAGGAAGUCAGCGUUCCUGCUCUCGUCUCAACCACUGCAGAGAGUCUCGAGCCGGUGGAGCAGGUGCCGGCGGCGGCAGCCAAGGAGCACAAACCAGGCAGGAAGAGCAACUGCAGACCCGGCGAAGAGUCCGACAGUGACUUUGAGUCCGACCCUCCUUCGCCAAAGAGCAGCGAGGACGAAGAGGCGGAGGAGGAUGAAGCGCUGAACAGUGAGCGCGGUGAAGAUACCGAGCCGGAGAAUAUAGGACAGAGGCCUCUGCUGAUGGACUCUGAGGAGGAGGACGAUGACGACAAGCACAGCUCGGACUCGGACUACGACCCCAGCAGGGUCAAGAACCGCUCGAGGAAAGCUCCGGCUGCUAAAGCUGCUCCGGCCGCCGCUAGAGGGAGUCCUCAGGAGGAUUCUGCCAUGACUCUGAUCACCCCUCCGGAGUCGCCCAGCGGAGUGAGAGCCGCUCUAGCUGAGGACUCUGUGGAUGUCUUUGGCGCCGUUCCCUUCCUCGGUGGAACCUCGCCCGUCGGGCCUUCAGUAAGCUCGGACAUCUUCGCCAAAGCACCUUUCAGGCAAGUCAGCCACGAGCAGCGAGCCGCGGACGACUUUGACGUUUUUACCAAAGCGCCAUUCAAUCGGAACCUCUCCAAGUCGGGCAAGAGCGGCAGCGAUGUUCCCAUGGGCCAAACGCCGCCCGUGUCCCCCGACGGCAUCGACGUUUUUGGCUUCUCCCCCUUCCAGCCGGGCCCAGACGAGCCGCCUCCCGCCACCUCUAGAAGCGCGGAAGACAUCUUCCAGCCGUCCUUCGAGGAGUCGGCCAGCCCUCAGCAACAGAGGCUGAAGCAGCGCAGCCUCCAGAGGCUGUCGUCGCGCCAGAGGAAAACCAAGCAGGAGGCCACGGCCGGCAGCAGCAACGGCAAACGCCACCACGGCACGCCGACCAGCGGGCGCAAGACCGGCAAGCCGACUUACCGCACACCGGAGCGAGUACGCAGACACAAGAAGGUCGGCCGGAGAGACUCGCAGAGCAGCAACGAGUUCCUCAGCACCUCGGACUCGAAGGAGAACAUCAGCGUUGAUAUAACCAUGGCUGAAGGGAAAGACGAAGGAGCUUCUCUGCCGGUGGACGAGGCCCUUUUAGACCCGUUCGGAGCCAAGCCAUUCCAACCUCCGGACGGCAGCCGGCACGGCCAGUAUCAAGGACUCACCGAAAGCAAAAGCGACUCGGGCACGGCCAACGGCAACUCCUGGUCGGGCUCCCUUCGCGGUGCUCUCGGAGACGGCAGCAUGGAUGAUUUCGGGGCGGUGCCCUUCACAGAAAGGGUCAUCCACAGCGGACCUGAGCCGGAGCAGCCGCCGGAGCAGCCGCCGGAGCAGCCGCCGAAGCAGCCGCCGAAGCAGCUGCCAGAGCAGCCGCUGGACCUCGACCCGUUCGGAGCUGCACCUUUUCCCACCAAGCAGUGACUUGUCCUUGCAGUCUUCCCUCUCUCUGCCAGUUGCGGUUAAAUAACCUCUUCGUUUUUUUUGGUUUUUGGGGGCUUGGGAACACCUUCAACCAAUCGACAAAACUUAACCCCGACGCUUCUUCUCUUUGAAUAACAAAAACCUAAAUCCUGUGGAGUGUGAGUGACGUUUCCACGUGUCUUUCAGCUGUACCUGUGUGCUGAGAAAGCCUUUUUAUGCUGCAUCUUAACGCUUGAAAAGACGUUUGAACCGGAUCGGAAAUCGCUGCAAAAAGCUCUUUAUGGCUUUCCUUCUGAUCUACCAAUAUGUCUGUUUCUUUUUUAAGCACCACGAAGCCUUACCUGAGCUGGGCUCCACCUUUGCUGCACAGAACCUCGAAAACCACGACACGGUUGGCCCACGUCGGCCUUUUCAUGUCGGGGGGAAUCGUUCGGGGGUUGUCCUUAACCACUGUUUUUUUUUAAUCCUUUGUCUAUGCAUAUUUUCACGGUAGUCUUUGAAGCAGCCAAACGUGGCUGUGAUUUACACUUUCAAUUCUACAAGGGAUCGAAUUUUAUUGUACUUCCUUAAAAAGUUGGGUGAGGUUUAAAUUUAGGCUCCUAACUGUUUUCUUUUAUUUCCUAGCAGUAAACUUGUUAAUUCUUUAUUUUAUUAAGUUAUAAAACUCAACACAUUCUGUUAGAAAUAACACAAAGCCACAUUGAGAUCGCUCGUCUUCGACCCUUUUCAAAAACUCACACGCUUUACCGCAAUGUUAGCGCUCCUAACAGUAAAUAUAACAUUAAUUAAUUUAUGCUGAAGAAUAAAUGGGACCUGUGCGAUCAGUUAAAUGGAAAAGACCAAAACCAACAAUGUGUUAGUCCGUCGCUUAAGACUUCCUGUCUGUGGCUCUCAGCUCCACGCCCAUUGGUUCCUACAGUCAAGAGGCUGUGGCUUAGCUUAGCAUUAAGAUAGGGGUAAACGGCUAACCCAGGAAGUUACUGCGCCCGGCCAAGAAAAAGGUGUCGGUAGGCGGAGUUUGUUACCGUCAGUUUCCUGUCUUUAUGUUAAGCUUAGCUAACCUGGUGCUUCAUAUUAUUAAGGAUAGAUGAGGGUGAGGUAUCGAUAGUUUUAUCUCACUUUCAACAAACACGUGAACACGUCACAACUAUUCCUUUGAAAACAUGUCGAAAAUAUAAAGUUUCUUUUAAAAUAGGUUCAGGAAGUAAUUUCCUAUAACAGCUGGUCACUGUAGUUUUUAUCAGAUGUGACUCUUAACUUGAUGAACUAGUGCAUUUGUCGGGGACUGUUUUCAGCGGCGGAUUAAUCUACAUUUGGUCCAAAUACACUAGCAAGCAAAGUAAGAUAUCAGUCCUCAGUUACUCAGGAUCCGUUCGUUAUUGGUUUUGGUCUUUUCGUGUUAUUUGUUAACAAUAACGCUGCAGGAUGCGAUUUGGCGUAUUUAUAAAAGGGAACUAAAAUCAAAGACCGGCGGAGUGAUCUGUGAAGCGUAAUCAGGCGUUUGUAUUCAUGAACUAGUUUCUGUGUGUUCUCCACAUCGACGGCCUUAAGCUCUGCAUCUACCUUCACUGUUUGAGUUAAACCUGCAGGUUGUUUUCACCAGUGGAACCAUGCGAUGCUACUUUACAUCUUUUGUUGUUCAUUUUAUUUCCACACAUCUGAUAUUGUAUUUCUCUGCUCUACUGCUGUUUGAUGCAAUAAAAAACAAAACAAAGA